GAGAGGUAACAAGUUGAGAGGUCGUCUCAGCUAGCAUCACGGAUAGGUGGCUGUACAUUUGCCACAUUCUUAGGAAGUAAAUUAAUGCGGAAAAAAACGUCUUGGCUCCGCGGUUGGAUCACGAAAAACAACGAAACUCCCUCAACAGACGACCGCUCUUUGCUUACGCUGCUGUUCGUUAGUUUUGCUAGUUAGCCGAUGUUAGCAAGCUGCUAGCUGGCUUGCUAAGUUACGAUGUCGCAACCAAGAGUUUGGACUUACUGCGGCUAACAUUACUAGUACACGUGAAACAAACUUUGAUUUAGGAGGGAACAAGACGCAAGAUGGCUGUGUCGGUGCGGGGCCUCUAUUUUGUGGUGACCCUGUUUUUGGGUAGUUUCUUUGGAAGCGUCUUUAUGCUGGGUCCAGUUUUGCCCCUCAUGCUGUUGUCUCCUGCCUGGUACCGCUGGAUAACUGAUCGAAUCGUUGCUACCUGGCUCACCCUGCCUGUGUCUUUGCUGGAGCUGGUGUUUGGGGUGAAGGUGGUGAUAACAGGUGAUGGCUUCAUCCCGGGGGAGCGAAGUGUGAUCAUCAUGAAUCACCGCACCCGUCUGGACUGGAUGUUUCUUUGGUGUUGUCUGCUCAGGUACAGCUACCUUCGUCUGGAAAAGAUCUGCCUCAAGGCUGCGCUCAAGGCUGUACCUGGCUUUGGAUGGGCAAUGCAGGUGGCCUGCUUUGUCUUUAUUCAGCGGCGUUGGGAGGAGGACAAGAAGCACUUGGAGAACAUGCUGGACUACUUUUGUGACAUCAGAGAGCCCCUGCAGCUGCUGCUGUUCCCCGAGGGCACGGACCUCACUGAAAAUACAAGAGCGAAGAGCGAUGCGUUUGCCGCACAGAACAGCCUGCCCAAGUUGGAGUAUGUGCUUCACCCCCGCACCACCGGAUUCACCUUUAUUGUGGACCAACUUCGAAAAGGAGACAACCUGGAUGCCGUCCACGACGUUACAGUGGCAUACCCCAAGAACAUCCCUCAGACAGAACGCCACCUCAUACUGGGCCAUUUCCCACGCGAGAUCCACUUUCACGUCCGCCGCUAUCCAGUGUCCUCACUUCCUUCGUCCUCUGAGCUGGAGUCUUGGUGUCGAGAGCGUUGGGCUGAAAAGGAGAUCCGUCUUCGGGACUUUUACUCGAGCCAGCCCCGGGCUUUUGACCGGGAUGGCGUUGCGCGUGUGCCACCCUGUAAGUCAGAGCUGCGAGUGGCUCUGAUCAAAGCCGCCUCACUGCUGUACUGGAGCAGCUUCAUUGCUCUGUGUUUCACUGGCCUGUGGCUCUGGGCUCCUUUCAGGCUCUACUUCCUUGUCCUGGUUGGAGUGUUUAUGGCCCAGCAGAAGCUAGUUGGAGGGCUAGAGCUGCUGGAGUUGGCUUGCCAUCGAUACUGGAAGUCAGUGGCUGCAGAUGUAGGUGGGAAGAAAAAGGUGCUAGAUAGGAAGUUGCAGUGAGGAUAAAAAGAAGCUAUUUUAACUGGACAAUGACGUGUUUUCACCUAUAUUUAGCAAGGAAACUGAAAACUCUGUCUUGUCUUGACCUGUUCAGUCCAGAGGGCUAGAAGGUCCCUUUUAGGAACCCAAUGCUCCAUGCCUUAGACAGAGAGUAAUAAGUGCACCUCCUGAUGGUAUGCAUGGCUUCAGUGGAGAGAGCUUACCUUUCUGUUGAUGAAGUAAAAGAGGAAUGUUAAGUACAUUUAUCUGUGUUGGGUUCAAGGAAUUCAUCACAUAUGAUGUGUCACUUGCCCUUUGUAUGUCUCUCCUUGUAUAAUCACUGUUCUUUAGCUUGCUGUCAGUGCAUUUUCUCAAUUUUAUGUUGUUGGUGUUUAUUGUGGUUGGUUGUUCAGAACCUCAGUGUGAACAUGUGUCAUGAAACAAUGCUGUUAGUAUUUGUUAUCCUGUUGCCAUGUCUUUGAAACUAGUUUUAUUGUAUGCUAUGUUGCUCUCAGUUUUAUGUCAUUAAUGGAGCAGAGCCAUAGUACAGAGCGUCUGUACAUAUGAUGACUUGACUCUAACCAAUAUUGAAAUCAGCACUGAUUCCUGAUCAGUUAGCAGUUACUAGCAAGGAAAGAAAAGGACCGAUAUAAUUCCCAGAGAAUUAUUAAGGAUUAUACAGGUAUGUAUGUGUACCAUUGUUUACCUUUAUUGGGUAUAAUUACCCAUUUUUAUACAAGUCGUGGAAUCAUUUUUUUCCAGUUACUCCUUAGAGACAGAGUAUGUGAUGUUUAUUACUGUACAAGUCUCUCGUUUGCUAAAGUAGCUUUUGCACAAAAAAGCCAAAGGUGAGAAAAGCAGACACGAUGUUUAAAAGAAAAAAUAAGUAACCAAACAGAAUGUCGUCUCUCUCGUCAGGAAGCAGUAGGUUCACACACUACUGGCAAGGUUGCCUGUAGCUAUGCCGAGGCAACACUUGCAGUAACAUCAAAUCAAAAUCAAAGAUCUUAUCUCAUGUCUGGAUAUCUGUAGAAGCAGAUGAGCUUUGUGCCCAUUCUGGGAAUGAAGAGAUGCCUUGUAGAGGCAGGAUGUGGGUGGUACUGGGGUGGAAGAAUGUGCUGUUGGGACAACAUUACCCCUCAACGUUAAGGGUGGCACAGAGAACCAGACUUGGAGUGGAAAACUGGCCCUGAACUCAACCUAAUCCAAAAAAGCCCUGUAAUGCCCACCUCUGCCUGUGUCCCUCACUAGAGGACUGGCAUUGAUGCGCCUGCUAAACUCAAUUAGCAAAUGACAGCUGAGAAAGCUACUCCAAUUGUGCCAAAAAAGGACAGAAAUUGAAACAAGAUUUGAGCAGUGCUUCAACCGCACUUUCAGCCACUGACUCUCUUUGCCAUUGUUCUCAAUACCACUUAAAAACACAUUAGUUCUUGCAGUGAUGGAACAAUUGUGUCUUAGUCUCUAGGAGUUUCUGUAACACUGCAAUGUGUGAUCUAGCUGACCACUUCAACCCAGUUUUGUGAAACAAAUCUCUCUCUCACAGUCCGUCACACAACAGGAAGUGUCUUUUUUUCCUUUGUUUAUGCGAAUCUAAAGCUCCUGUAUUUUAAGCGUAAAGGGGCUGACUCCAAUCACUGUGAUACAGCUGUGUUAAUGAUUUUAUCAUCAGCAUGUAGUAGUUUACCAAACAUGGUACUAUAUGUGUUUCUUCAGACUAUUUAAAACUCCUGAACCAGCUACAAUCUCCAUGUGUUACUCUUUCACUUGUGUUGUCUUGUGUUGCUCAUUAUACAAUUACUUGCUGAUGCUGGACCUCUUUAAAGUCACUGUCCUCAGGUAAACACAGUGGACACUGUAAUGAGUCAGUCUCUUAAAGAAAAAAUAUAUAUCUAAAUAAAUAUGCUAUAUCAACUCA